AUGAUUGAUUCAAUAAUAGAUGAAAAUGUUGCUUUGAUUUCUAACCCUUUGGCUCCUUUAAUGGAAGCAGUUAAGAAUGAAUUUGUAGAGACCAUACUUGCUGAUAAUAUAGAGUUGCCGCCAGCUCUAAUUGAGAAGCUUAAGGAGAUUAAACUGAAGACAUUGAAAGUGCACGUGUAUGAGAGUGAUUGCUUACAGGUGGGGGACCUCAAGUAUGUAGGUAAUCUGACCAAACAAAGUGUGGUUGGAUUUGGAGAAGUGUUUGGACAUGAGCAUAGUUAUGUUACCCUAUAUGGUGUGGCUGAUUUUCUUAACCAACAUAUCAACAAAGGUGAGAGCAGGAAAGGUAGAAUGGGUGUGAGGGUUCUCGAGAAUGUGUUUUGGAGUUUGAACAUCUUCACAUAUUGGGGUGCUGCAUACUGA